GCGUGUUCCUCAGCGGCAGUUGUCAUCAAACCUCUGCCUCUGUCUGCUCUGCACACACUGUGUCUGUGUCAGUCUGUGUCUGUGGCUGAACAUGAUGCGGACUGUAGUGUUUUGCGGCAUCUUGCCUUUGCAACUUCUCCUCUGCGUCUAUUCUCUGCCGGUAAACGACCGGACCGUCAACACGUACAAGCAGCUACAGGGAUGGCCUCACAGCAGUGGUCAUGUUGGUCUGAAGAAGAGGGGAAGACAUGAACAGGACACACUCAACAAACAGUACCAUUUCAAGCCUGUACUAGCAUCCAAAAAUGACACAGAGUUCUGGAAGCGUCCUCGCUGUGGAGUCCCAGACUAUCCCACCUUAACGCAUGUUGGCCUGUCGUACUAUAACCUGAAGAAGAAGGGAGGCCUGAGUGGACAGCAGCGCAGGAAGCGAUUUGCACUGUUUGGAGGGCGCUGGGAGAAGACUGACCUCACUUACAAGAUUGUGCGUUUCCCCUGGCAGAUGAGUGAGGGCAAAGUGAGGCGUGUCUUCCUGGAGGCAUUCGGUGUAUGGAGUGCAGUGACUCCUCUGACGUUCAGAGAGGUCACCACUGAGAAAGCUGACAUCAUUAUUGACUUCAGCAGGUACUGGCAUGGGGAUAACUUGCCAUUUGAUGGUCCUGGAGGGAUCCUCGCCCACGCCUUUUUCCCCAGGACACACCGAGAGGGCGAAGUGCACUUUGACUAUGAUGAGCAUUGGACGGUGGGCAACAGUGUGGGCACGGAUCUCUCACAAGUGGCAGCUCAUGAGUUUGGCCAUGUCCUCGGCCUGCAGCACUCCCUGGAGCCUGAUGCUGUGAUGUGUCCUUUCUACAGCGACUCUUACCCUCUGCAGCUCAGUGAGGAUGACAAGAGGGGCAUCCAGUAUCUGUACGGCCCCCCUCGGCAUGCACCGCCCGACAUGACGGAGACCAAUGAGAUUGACAUUGGAAUGCCACACGCCUGCAGGACAAACUUUGAUGCCGUGUCCAUGAUCAGGGGAGAGCUGUUCUUCUUUAAGUCGCGAUAUGUUUGGCGUAUCCGUGAUGGACAGCUACAAGCUGGCUAUCCCGCCUUGGCUUCACGCCACUGGAAAGGCAUUCCUGACCAUAUCGAUGCUGCGUAUGAAGACAAGUCUGGCAACAUCUGGUUCUUCCAAGGUGACAGCUACUGGGUGUUUGAUGCAGAGAGGAAGAUUACAGGACCUGAUUCAGUGCGGCAGCUGGGUCUUCCUGUAACAGAUAUCCAAGCAGCUUUGAAGUGGGAGGAGGGCCGCGUUGAGAAAGUCUACCUCCUCAAGUCUGCUUCUUACUGGCCCUUCAAUCCUCAGGAGAAUCGACUGGAUGAUGUCCAUCCUCGCAGCAUGCACAAGUGGGGAGGAGUGCCUGGCCAUAUUGAUGCAGCCUUUCGGGACAGAUAUGGCUAUGCCAAUUUCCUGAGUGGGCUGCACUACUGGAAGUUUGACCCUGUGGCGCUGAAAGUGCUAGAAGGCUACCCCCGCAGCAUUGGCAUGGAUUUCUUUGGCUGUUCUGUCUAAAUAAGUUCAUACACAUAC